UUUUUUUAUAUCACUUUAUCUACCAGUAUUUUUUACAGUAUUAUAUGUGUUAAAAAAGUUAUUUGAUAAAAACCACAUUUUAAAGCAUUAUUACAACUAGAGUUCUGAGUGUUUUAAUGAGUUUUAUUAUUUGGGGCAUUUUGUAAACUCAUUAUUGUCUUUAAGUUUCAGCAACUCACAUGAAAAACUACGUAUUAAUAAAUAAUUGUAGGUUUAUUUUUUAUUGUAGAAACGUGUGUGGGGUUAAUAAAACGUAUUACGUCAUAAUACAUUCAUCAGGGGGAGGAGAUUUACAGAAACAUGAAGACCUUUGAUGCCACCAAGUGGUUUUAUAUUUGAUCCAGGAGGAUCCUCGAAAACUGGAGAUUCAGUUGCUGCGGGAGCUUCUGUUACUCCUUCAAUUUACGUUUUUUUAUAAAGUGGUUUUUGUCUUUUUACACUUGGAAACUUUUAACUUUUAUGUUUUUGUGAAACUCUGGUCAUCCUGCAGAUUWAUUUUUCCUCUUUUUGUGAACUUUCUUUGUGUUUCUGACAUGCCCACCAGUCGUUCUGUUCCUGUGUUCAUCUUAAUGUUCCUCUCAGCUGGAGCGACUACAGUCGACGACAGCUACAGUGAAGAAAUCUCUCCUCAACUCGACUACAAAGACCCAAACUGGUGUCGUCCUCUGAGCCUGAGUAACGGUGCCAUUGACUGUCGCUCCCUGCGAGGCGUGGGCUACGGCAACAGGUUGGGCACCCGCUGUGAGAUGAGCUGCGACCGAGGCCACCGGCUGCUGGGAAGAAGGACGCUCCACUGCCUCGCCAAUCGCAGCUGGUCUGGGACCGCCCACUGUCGCAAGAUCCGUUGUCACGUGCUGCCCCUCAUCCCACACGGCAGGUACAGCUGCACUCGGGGCUUCGUCGUGGACUCCAGGUGUGACUUCACCUGCGCCCCUGGCUACCGGAUCGAGGGGGAACACUCCCGCACCUGCCAGCCCAAGGGCUCAUGGAGCGGGACGCAGCCCGAAUGUGCAGAUCUGGACCCUCCAAAGAUCAAAUGUCCACCAUCCAGACUCAAGGUGGCCGAGCCCGGAAAGCUCACCGCCACUGUGACCUGGGAGCCCCCCGCCGCCAGAGACACAGCUGACAAAUACCUCAAUGUGAUUUUAUCYGGUCAGGAGCCGGGCACUGAGUUUCAAGAGGGACUAAACAUCAUCCGCUACACAGUGUACGACCAGGCCAGGAACAGAGCCGCCUGCAAGUUCAUUGUACGUGUUGAGGUGAGAAGGUGUCCUGAACUACCUCCGCCUCUGCACGGCUACCUCGACUGUUCCUCUGACGGGAAUAACUACGGAGCAAGUUGUGAGUAUCACUGCGAUGGAGGCUACGAGGUCAGGGGGACGUCCAGUCGGGUCUGCCAGCUAAACCGCAACUGGAGCGAAGGCCCCGCCGAGUGUGUUCCGAUGGAGAUGACUUAUGAUGUGAAGACCGCCUCGGCUCUCCUGGAUCAGUUUUAUGAAAAGAGGAGGCUGCUGAUCCUGUCGGCGCCCAACAUAUCUGACCCAGACUACCAGCUGCAGAACAUCAUGAUACAAAAGUCGGACUGUGGGUUAGACCUGCGACAGGUGACCGUCAUCGAACUCCUUGGCUCCCCGCCUCGAGAGACGGGCCGCAUUAAAGAAAAUCUGCUUCACUCUGACGUCAUCGAGGGUUUGAGGCAGGUGUUCAGGAUCUCCAGGACCUACUUCAGCAUGCUGCUGCUGGACAAACUGGGUCUGGACCGAGAGCGCUUCAUCGUCCCGGUGUCUUCAGAUGAGUUGUUCUCCUACAUCGACAGCUUCCUGCUGGACGAGGAGGAGCGGGAGAGGCUCGAGCUCCACGCAGAUUUCUGUGACCAAAACACUGAAACCUCGUUUUUCUUUUAAACAAUCAUUUAGUAAAUAUUAAAAAACAAAA